AAUAUGUUUGACAGUCUGGAAGCCGUGGAGCAACACGCUCGAGGAGUCGUAGUGGAGGGAAGCGUACCAAACUGGUCAAAAAUCCGAUUCCAACCACCAUCAACCACAUCGCAGAAGUGCGAAUCCGCCCGCCCAACGCCGACACGGCACCAGAACACCCCGUCACAGCGGCGCGCCUCCGAGUCAAGCCAACCCCCGCGCGGCGGCCACCCGUAGCCAACGUGUCCUACUGUCCUAGGAUCCCGCCGGCUGCGCGGCCGAGGGAGAGAUGCGGCGGUCGUCGAGCGGGGCGCGCGUGUCGGAGGGCGGCGACGCGUCCUCGUCCUCGUCGGGCCACCACGGCGAUGGCACGGCGCUCCCGACGUUCGAUCCGCAGUCGGCGGCGGGCCGGCGGGAGGCGGCGCGGACCCGGGCUCUGGGGCGCGCCGUGCACUGCAUCCCGCUGUUGCUGCUACUCUGCGCCCUCGUGCUCUGGCUCUCCGCCGCCUCCACCUCCCCGGUUCACCUCGACUGAUAAUAGAAGGGUAUGGCAAAUGGAUUUUAAAUCAGGUUUCCACAGAGUUCCCCCAAAUGGUCAAAAGGGUACAGUGAACUAGUUCAGGAAUGAUCAGGUAGUACAGGAGGCCUUAAGUUGGUGGUUGGAAGGUUUAGUACAGCAACAAGCUCACCUACUAGUAGGUGACUAUUUUGGAGUAUUCUUUUCACUCCAGAUUGGAGUUGGUGUGAUUUGGCCCACCAUUACAAUUUGUAUACAAAAAACUGAGUAUGUAUUCUUUUCCGACACUAACACAUGUAUACAUAUUAUGAAAUUGUUUU